GUCUUCCAACUGGACCGAGGUGACAUGCAAUACACACGAAAUAUCCCUGCUACGGGGGCGUAUAUCUAACAGUUCAUUAACUAUUGCCGGGGAAGCUUUCAGUCGCCGGUUGGGACGUUUUUUUCCCCCUGGUGGACCGAAGUGGGAGGAGAGAAAAGAAGAUGUGGCUCAUUUAAAGGGGUAUAUAGUUAUGUGUAAAUUAAAUGGCAGAGGGGUUGAACCGGCCGAAUUGUUCGUAUCCUGUCGUUUUCUGUAUUGUCCGGCCAAGACGUUGUCAUUUGCGCGUAGCUGCUAAAUGCUGUUGGGCGAGGCUUAUUUAGACGGAUUAGCUGUAUGAUCAGAUUCGUAUUGGUUUUGUGCCAAUUUUUACAUUGAAAGCGACUGGUACCUAGGCUACAUCGGCGCGACUACAGGAAGAGUAUCCGUUUCAUUAUAAGAUCGCAUUCACAGAUCGUAGUCUACAUUAAAGAUACAACAAACAACCGAGAUGUCGCUGUUCGUGGAAGGCUUACGUCAGAGUGCGCCCAACAGCGGGAUGGCGGAGUUCCAGGAAGUGAUGCGACAGGAGCUGGAGGGCUCCAUGCACCGGGAGCUGGAGAAGCUGAUCGCCACGGGAACGGGGGCUGAGGCAGAGAUUUCCCGGAAGGACUUUGAGGGCUUUAAGAAGCUCUUCCACAGGUUCCUGCAGGUGAAGGGUCCCGCAGUGGACUGGGCCAAGAUCCACCGCCCCCCAGACGACUCGAUCCAGCCCUAUGAGAAGAUCAAGGCGCGGGGCCUCCCGGGCAGCGUGACGGAGAGCCUGAACCGGCUGGUGGUGGUGAAGCUGAACGGGGGCCUGGGGACCAGCAUGGGCUGCAAGGGCCCCAAGAGCCUGAUCAGCGUCCGCAACGAGAACACCUUCCUGGACCUGACCGUGCAGCAGAUAGAGCACUUGAAUAAGACCUACAACGCCGACGUGCCGCUGGUCCUCAUGAACUCCUUCAACACGGACGAGGACACCAAGAAGAUCCUGCAGAAGUACGCCCACCACCGCGUGAAGAUCCAUACCUUCAACCAGAGCAGGUACCCGAGGAUCAAUAAGGAGUCCCUCCUGCCCGUGGCGAAGGACCUGACCUCGUCGGGGGAGAACGGGGAGACGUGGUACCCGCCGGGCCACGGAGACAUCUACGCCAGCUUCCACAACUCGGGCCUGCUGGAACAGCUGAUCGCCGAGGGCAAGGAGUACAUCUUCGUCUCCAACAUCGACAACCUGGGCGCCACCGUGGACCUGCACAUCCUCAACCACCUCAUGAGCCAGCCCAACGGCAAGCGCUGCGAGUUCAUCAUGGAGGUCACCGACAAGACCCGGGCCGACGUCAAGGGCGGGACUCUGACGGAGUACGAUGGGAAGCUGAGGCUCCUGGAGAUCGCCCAGGUGCCCAAGGCCCACGUGGACGAGUUCAAGUCCGUCACCAAGUUCAAGAUCUUCAACACCAACAACCUGUGGAUCUCCCUGCCCGCCAUCAAGCGCCUGCAAGAGGGCAGCGGCAUCGACAUGGAGAUCAUCGUCAACCCCAAGACGCUGGACGGCGGCCUGAACGUGCUGCAGCUGGAGACGGCGGUCGGCGCGGCGAUAAAGAGCUUCGACCACGCCAUGGGCAUCAACGUCCCGCGGAGCCGCUUCCUGCCCGUGAAGACCUCCUCCGACCUGCUGCUGGUCAUGUCCAACCUCUACAGCCUGGAGGCCGGCUCCCUCACCAUGAGCAAGAGGAGGGAGUUCCCCACCACGCCGCACGUCAAGCUGGGCAGCUCCUUCACCAAGGUGCACGACUUCCUGACGAGGUUCGAGAGCAUCCCGGACAUGCUGGAGCUGGACCACCUGACCGUGUCCGGGGACGUCACCUUCGGCAAGCAGGUGUCCGUGAAGGGGACGGUGAUCAUCAUCGCCAAUCACGGAGACCGGAUCGACAUUCCGGCCGGAGCGCUGCUGGAGAACAAGAUCGUUUCGGGAAACCUGCGCAUCCUGGACCACUGAGGCCUCCAGGGUUAAAAAGAAAACCCCCCCCCAAAAAAACCCCAAAAAACCCCAAAAAAACCAGCGCGAUUUGGUCACGCGACUCGGGGGAGAAAUAGCUCAAGUGAUUAUGCACCUUGGACUGUUACACAACCGGGGGGAGUGGGAGAGGGAGAGGGGGAGAGGGAGAGAGGGAGAGCAGUCCAGUCCGACCUUUAGAUGUCUGUCCCGUCCACAUUACCCUCGUGGCCAGUCACCAUCCACACACAAGAAAACAGCAACAACAAAAAAAAACUACAUUUCCCACAAUUCACUGGCUGAGUGUGUAGUUGUUGAAUACUCACAGCUUUAAUGGAAUGAAACGGCGAACGAUCGUCCGGUCAGAGAAGCAAUACUGGCGGUCUGAACACUCUGAGCCUGUGUGUGUGUGUGCUUAGUCUCCGGACCUCCAAUAAAGUGCAAUAUUGAUCGA